AUGGAUAUUGAGAUCGCGGUUUCCGGAGAGAAGGGGAAGAUAUGGAAUGCCGAUGAUGCACAGCUACUUGCUAUGGGGAAGAAACCGGAAUUGCAGCGGGUAUACAACACUUGGACACUCUGUGCCUACCAGGUUAUGAUAUCGGCCAGUUGGUCAUGCCUCAUUGUCUUGUAUUCGACUAUCUUUGAUGUCGGUGGACCGGCUGGUUUGAUAUGGGCAACUCUGAUCGUGUCUGUCGGCCAAACACUGCUUAUGACUUCAUUGGCUGAGUAUUGCAGCAUUUGGCCGACCGCCGGUGGACAGCAAUACUAUACCCAAGCUCUUGCAACCGUGGACUUCUCAUUGGUCCGGUGGCUUCCGGGCGUUAAUUUAUUUGGUGCAAUUUGGGUUGUUGGUGGCGGAGUCGCAUGGGCCAUCGUCUUCAUAGUGAUGGCGCCUAAACACGAUGCAAAGAUCAUUUUCACCGAGUUUCUCAACAAUACGGGCUACGAAAAUACAGGGUGGGUAUUCAUAAUGUCGUUCUACAAUUCUAUUUACGGAUUGGUUGGGACAGAUGGGAUGAUGCAUCUCCGGAGCAUGAUCUAUUCAAUGAUUCUUUGCGGGAUUAUGAGUUGGCUAGCAGCUGUUCUAAUGAUUUGGACUGCGGGUGACUGGACCACCUACAUGCCAUCACCGCAGCCGUAUAUGAGCUGGUGGAUUGGUGUGACUGGGUCACAAUAUGGCGGUGGUCUCUUCUGUGCACUUGUGAUGAUUGGCAUCAACUUCUUCGUCAUUGUCGGCACGAACAGUGCCGGGUCAAGAAUUGUGUGGAGCAUGGCCCGCGACAAGGCAUUCCCAUACUCCGAAUAUCUAGCUCAGGUUAGCCCGAGACUCGGUAUUCCAUUGCGUGCCAUUGGAUUUGUGGUGGUGGUCGAUCUAAUUCUUGGUCUUAUCGUACUUGGAAGUGACCUUGCUUUUCAAUCCAUCAUUUCCGGCGGUGGCCUGAUGUUGCAGGUUAGCUAUUUAGUGCCUGUGCUCAUCGUUCUUGUUCGGGGAGAAAGAUUCUACCCCCACGUCCUAGUUUCGACCUGGGAAAAUGGGGCUAUGCGAUAA